UUCCUGUUAUAUAUUGUAACGUGUAGAAGAUAUUCAUCAAACGUAACACAUAUAUGUACACAUGGUUCAAUUCUCGAUCGAUCUCUAGCUAGCGCAUAGAAACUAGCCCACCAAAAGGCUACGUCAACUACUCGAUCCAUAUUUAAAUUUCCUCCAAAUCUGAGACGACGAUCGACAAGCCAAACAAAGCAGAUCGAUCGAGAAGCUCAGAAAUUAAGCAUGGAGGAGAUAGCAUCCCUGUUUAUCCAGCGUGGGUGUAAAUUAGCUAGAGAACUUGAUUCAAACCUACCAAACCUGGCCGACCAGCCCAACAUCCUCUCCAAGUCCUGCGAUGAGAUCAUUAGUGCUUUCAGAGCCGCAAAGGAACGGCUACACGGUAGUACUCAAGACACCACAUCACUUUCCCACAUGAUAUUCCGUCAACCACAGGAAUCUCAGCAGCCUCAGACGGAAACAAGUUUGAAGGCCGGAUGGCGAAGCCCGCCGAGUUACACCCAGCCAAUUAUGGACAUGUUGCAGAUGCAGCUUCAAGCUGAUAGGAGCCCCUUCAAAAUGCGCGGGUUAGGGUCCGAUGGCCUUGUUGCCGGAGUGGGCGGAAGAGAGGCCGAAGGUUCUGCACGCUCCAAGAGCAUAGGAGGGGAGGUUCAGCCAAUGGACGCAUCGGAUUCUGGCAAUAUUGUUUCAUCCUCGCAAAGACAACGAAGAAGGAAAGAUGAUGGGGAGAGACGGACAAUAACUGCGGCUGCACCUCGGAUUGGAAACACUGAUAUUCCACCUGAGGACGGCUUCACGUGGAGAAAAUACGGGCAGAAAGAGAUUCUCGGCUCAAAAUUCCCAAGGGGUUACUACAGGUGCACCCACCAAAGGUUAUACCAGUGUCCGGCCAAGAAGCAAGUCCAGAGGCUCGAUGAUGAUCCCUACACGUUUGAAGUGACAUAUCGAGGUGAGCACACAUGCCACAUGUCAUCCACGGCACCAUCAGUUCCACCACCGGCAGCAGCAGCAGGGGACAUUACCCAUGAGAUCACCCAAAUCAUAACUACCCAGCCUGCACAGUCUCCUUCAGUUCCUCUAAGCACAUGGCUCUCAAUGGAGUACUUGGGCCUAAGAGGAGGAGGGAGCAACAGCAUUAAUGUUCUUGGUGGUGGUGGUGGUGGUGGUGGUGGUGGUGCGGGUCCAUCCACCACGCGAACCGGUAAAGAAGUUGAAUUCCCGGUUGCUGAUAUGGCUGAUGUAAUGUUUAACUCUGGCAGUAGCAGUAGCAAUAUUAGCAUGGAUUUUCUCUUCCAUUCUAAUGAAGACAAAUGGGAGAAAGAGGACAAACAAAGUUGAUACACUAACAAGACUGGUUUGAUCGCAGUGGCGAUGCGAGAUAAUUGUGAUCGGAGGGGCCAAUUUACUUGAUUUGUGCUAUACAAUAUACAUAACAUUAUAUAUCUUGUAGACUCUUACUUUUUCCACAUAAAAAUUUUGUUUUCAUAA